UUCGUUUCUCCACGGGAGGACGGAGCCGCUCGGUUUUUUUUUUUUUUUUUUAUUACAUGCGCAGUCCCGUUCCCGAAUCACUCGUCACCACGGCAACCUGCGUUCACGUCCAGCAUCCGCCACCGACACCGAGACCCAUCCGCUCCCGGGCGACGAGGCAGGAAGAUCCCCGCAAAGACACGAUCUGUUCAGGCCAUUCCAGGCAGCGGAGCAGCCAUGGUGAAGCUGGGUACUAAUCUCUCCGAUAAGCUGGAGAAGCAGCCAUCUGCAGAUGACGGCUUUGAUAACAUCCCCCUCAUCACGCCGCUGGAGGUCAGCCAGCUCCAGCAGCCACUGGCUGACAAGGUCAUCGUGAAGACAAAGACACAGUUUCAGCUGAAGCAGCAGCAGAGGAAUAGGCUGUACGUUCCCAACAUCAAGAAGCUGAACAUCAACUUCUACAACGAUGUCUCGGAUAAAGUUAAGAUCACAGGUCUGAUCCUCAUCACACUGGCGUUUUUGACCAGCCUGCUCCUCCUUCUCAUGUACAAAGCCAUGUGGUACGACCAGCUCACCUGCCCAGAGGGGUUUGUCCUGAAGCAGAAGCAUUGCACCCCCGCAGCUCUGGAGAUGUACUACACCGAGCAGCAGCAGCAGGACGGGGAGGAACCGGGCACCCGCAGCGGUGCCGGUACCGGGCUCUACGCAGCUCUCAGCCACCUCAACCAGGUCAAGAGGACUGGGCCUGGGUUGAUGUCGCAGUGGUUACCAGUAAUCAGGCAGGAGGCCGAGGAAGCCAAAGAAAACAGCGAGUCUCUUAAAGAAAACAUGGAGGGAGAGGAUUGAAGGAUAAAAUUGAGAAAUAUAGCCGAACCAGCUGGAAAUUAUGGCGUGAAGAUGUGUGUGCAUGUAUGUAUACUUGUUUUCUGCAGGUAUUGGGGACCAUAACCUGACUACCAACUUAUGAGGACCUGUUUUUACCAGAGCAAAUAGCCUUGGGAAAAGGAGAUUUCUUUGGGAAAUCUGAUUUCAUUACUGGUAUGAUUGUUUAUUUUGAAAUAGCAUUAGGUCUGUAUUUGUGUUUUUGUGUGAAUUAUCCAAAUCUUUAAAACUACGCAGUCUAUUAAAAUCUGCAGCGUCGGGUCAAAUCGUUGUGUUUAGAGACAGGAAUGGGGUUCACUUUUAGAGCGCAACUCAAAAAUGGAUCUAAACAAAGUUUGCAUUCUAUAUUUGCAUGCGCUCAUGUAAAUACCCCAAACGCCAUCAUUGCCUACAGGCAGAUAUGCAGAGUAUGCGUAUUUGCGUUCAUGGUUUCAUGUGUACAUACCUACACUGCAUAAUGUGCACUUAUGUGUGAGAAAGCAGAAGGUGAAAGCAAAGAGGCGGUGUGAGAUUUUUUGGGGGUGAGAAUUGAACUGAACACGUUUCUAAUCAAAUCGCUGCAAGUCUUGAGCGCUGACAUCUUGUAAUUUGUUUGUCUUAGAGCAGAAUGCUUAAAAUAAUAAAUGAAUGUGCCCUGCCCAGUUUUACUGUUGUAAUAUUUUAAUUUCAUGCUAGAUUAGGCAUAAAUUACAUUUUUGUACUGUUUGAAUCGGAGAACAUUUUAAAAUAUUGUCCUGGAUUUCUUUUGCAAAUCACAUCCACUUUCUUUUUAAAAGCUAAUCGUUGUAAAUGUGUGUAGGGGAUCUAAUGAUUCCAGAGCCAUAAAUCAACUUAAUUUGAACAAUCUUAUGUUACGCAUUGAUAUAAGCUUCUUAACGUAUUGUGAAUGUAGCUAUUUAUGUGUUACUACAGACAAAAAUUACAUCUCUAUAACACUGUAUCUUUAUGUGUGUUGGCUAGAUGUAAACACAAUGCAGGGAAGUGCCAUCAUUGUUUUUGCUUCUUUUGGUGUUUACAUUUUCCAUUAAUUUUCUGUUUUUCUCAGAAUAUUACCUUUGUUUUCAUUAAUGCUUAGAAUAAUACCCACAGUAUUACAUCAAAUGAAUGUGUAAAAUAGCAGCUUUUAUCUUUUAAAUAAAUGUUAUUCAUGGGUAUUAUGCUUGCACUGAAAGAUUCACUUGAUUAAUUUAUCACACAUUAAUGUUUUCUCUCUUGAAAAAUAGUUUUUUGUAAAUAGACAUCUUAGCGUAAAGGACGUCCUUCAAAGUCAAUCUUAAUAUUGUUUUUCAAGAAAUAAACAGCACUUGAUUGACAAAAUUG